AUGGACACCUCUUCCUCGUGUGUCUACUACAACGGCACUUUCACUUCAGAGGCAACCCGGGCUCUGAAGGUCAUGUCUCCUCUGGGCGUCCUCAUCUGCCUCGGGGGGCUGGUGGGCAACGGCCUCGUCCUCGGCCUCCUCGUGUUCUCGGUCAAGUGGGGGGGCUUCACCGUCUUCAUCUUCCAUUUGUCACUGGCUGACUUUCUCUACCUUUCUGGUCAGACAGUGUGGUUCAUGCAAAUCAUAUUGGAUACCUUCCACGGCAUCUGGUUUGACGUGGAGCACAUAUAUAUACUCACAGACACGUCCUACACGGCGGGGCUGUGCCUGCUGGCCGCCAUCAGCGUCGGGCGCUGCCUGUCUGUCCUGUGUCCCAUCUGGUGCCGGCUGCGCGCUCCCAGGCACGCGCCCGCCGCGCUGUGCUCCCUGGCCUGGGUCCUCUCCCUCUCAGUGAACGUGCACCUUUUCCUUGUCUGUUGGGGGAAGAUGCCGAGGAACCAUGAAUUUUGUUGUGUGUAUGAGGAGAUCAUUUUUGGUUUCUUCUGUGUUCUUCUCUCUGUCAUGGUGCUGUGCGUUGUGAUUGUGCCGUUCAAGGUCAUGUGCAGCACCCAGCUCCGCCCUCCCCUCAAGUUUUAUGUGUCUGCGCUUCUGACGGCCCUGUUCCUCCUGUGCGCCUUUCCCUACGGCAUCCAUCUGUACUACACUCAUUAUUCUGGCACGUUCCAUUUGCCCCAUCUUCUGCUGCUCUCCUGUGUGAACAGCAGCGCCAACCCCCUCGUCUAUUACUUCGUAGGGAGAAUCGGGGGGCGCAGGCAGGGGGGGAACUUCCGGCAGAUUUUCCAGAAGACGCUGGGGGAGGAGACAGGUGUGAGAAGGGACACUUCCAGCGGGGCCGUCAGUAGUUCAGCGUGA